AUGGCUGAGGUCGAUAGGACCGUAAAAAAAGUGAAUGAAGGUAUUGAAAACUUUGAUGAAUUGGAAGAAAAAGUAUAUAGUGCCCAAAGUUCUUCGCAAAGGGAUAAAUUUGAAGGAGAAUUGAAAAAGGAAAUUAAAAAACUACAACGUCUGAGAGAAACAAUACGUGGCUGGAUAUCUGGUAAUGAAAUUAAAGACAAGGAAUUACUGGUGGAAAAGAGGCAACAGAUUGAAACAAGAAUGGAAAGGUUCAAGAAAUGCGAGCAGAAAACCAAGAUGAAGGCCUAUUCUAAAGAAGCCCUGAGUAAAAGUCAAGUCGAAAAACGAAGUAGGAACAAACAAAAUAUUAUUCCUGACUCGAAAGAGAAGAAGCAAGCUAAGAAAUGGCUGAAGGAUAUGAUAGAAACACUGACGAACGCUGUUGAUUCAAUUGAAGAAAAAAUUGAAGAAGAAGAAGAAAAGGAAAAGAAGAAGGAUGGAGAUAUGAUUGAAUCGCAUCGAUCACGUCAAAGAAAACAUGAGGAAUAUAUUGAUAAGUUAAACCAAGUUUACGAGUUUUUGGAUAAUGAUGAAGGUAUUACACCUCAAGAUUUGGAAGAACUUAAGGAAUAUGUAGAAUACUAUGUAGAUGAAAAUGAAGAAGCUGAAUUUGUGGAAGAUGAUGAUUCAUUUGAAACAAUAUUCAAAAAACAUAAGGAAUGGGAAGAAUCAGCACCAAAGGAGGAACUCGUGGAUGUUGAUGAAGUCAAGGAUAGUAUUAAAAAUUCUGAUGAAUAUGAUGAUGAAGAUUCUGAUGAAGGGUUUGAUGAAGACUUGGAUUCGGAUGAUGAUGAUGGUUCAAGUAAUGUUGACGAUGAUGAAGAUUUAAGUUCUCCAAUAUCAACAUCUUCAAAAGAUGAUGAUAAGAAGAAGAAAUCUCCUCCUAAUACAACACCUGUUGUUAAUGUGAAUCCAUCGAUAACGAAACCUUCAGGAAGUAAUCUCACAGUUACAGCUGUUGUAUCAAAAGACAAGAAAAUUACCAAACAAGCACCUCCAGCUAUUUCUACCUCUCCUAACCAACCAUCCACCACCCAACAACCAAGUGGUCAAGUUACUCCAAACACUACCACUCCAACAACAACUAAACCAUCUUAUAGUGAUUUAGUUAAGUCUCCAAAAACUCCUCUUCAACCACAACAACCAACUCCAACCAAUACUUCCACAACAGCAACAACAACAAAACAAGCUGCUACUACUACUACAACAGCAACAACAGCAUCAGGUUCUACGACUCCAACAUCUACCACUAUCAAAAAGCCUGCUGUUUCAUAUAUUGAUAUUGCUCAACAAAAUAAGAAUGCUCCACAAGGUCACAAUUUAACAGUUUCUAUUAGUGAUUCAAAUAAGCAACAAGUAACAACACCAACAGUUGCAGCUACAACACCAACAACAACAAGUAAUAAGAAUGCUAAACAACAAGCUACAACAACAACAACAGCAACAGCAACUACAACAGCUACAAAGCAGCAACCAACCACAAAGGGUCAACCUGCUCAACCAACCAAAAAAGCUCAAACUAAUGCCAACCAAAUUGAUGGAUGGAUUUCAUCAAGUGAUGAUGAAGCAUCCAAUGAGAGACAAAAACAGUCAUCUCAAGCAGUAAUGAAUAAGUUCUUUUCACAACAACAAGGAAGUGGAAAACAACAAAACAAAAGAUUGGGAAUUCAAGGCGAUAAACUUUCCGAACAAAACCUAAAACAACAACAAAAAAACAAAAUUGACAAAGUGAAUAGUGAUUUAAAAUUCUUAAUUUUAAAGAAACAUGAUGCUCGUAAAAGAAUGAAAAGGAAAGGACAACUUAUUUCUUAUGGAGAUGAAUCUGAUGAAGAAGUAAAACAAGAGGAACAAAAACCAACAACAGAUUCUACAACAGCAACAACAGAACAAAAUUCUCUUAAAAGAAAAAAGGAGGAAAGUGAUGACGAAGAUGAAAGUAAAAUUAAAGUAUUAGCUAAAAAGAAAAAGAAGAAAAAGAAAAGUAACAAAUAA